UAACAUGUUUAGCAGCCAGUCAUAAAUAUGUAUGCCUCCUCUGAUGUUCAGCACUGUGGACAGCAUCAGGGAGGGGCGGAGCUGGGUGAAAUCUUUCUGCUUUCCGAUUGGUCGGUUCAGGCCAGCAACAAAUCCCGUCUUUUUUCUCUUUUUUCUGUCCUGGGCCCUGGUCCUGCCCGGGCGGGUGAAGCCAGCGGAGCGCCAGAUCUGCUUGUUUCCUCCAAGGUGUUUUAACGCCGAUUAAUCCAUAGGAUGCUAUUUAAACGACCGGAGGGAUUCUAGCGACUUUCUCGGACUAAAGGGGAGUUUGCUUUUGUUUUUUGUCUGUGUGCCUGUCUGCAAGUGGAGGAAAAUACUGAACGGUCAUCAUGGCAGAAAACAACUUCCCUCCCCUGCCUCGAUUCAUCCCACUCAGACCAUGUUUUUAUCAAGACUUCAAUGAGAUCCCGGACCAGUGUCGCACCAUGUGCAAGAGGCUUUACUACCUAUGGAUCCUGAAUACUGCCACACUGGCUGUUAAUCUGAUUGGCUGUUUGGCGUGGAUGUGCGGAGGUGGCGGCGCGACAAACUUCGGCAUGGCCAUCCUGUGGCUCAUCCUCUUCACUCCUUGCUCUUAUGUGUGCUGGUUCAGGCCCAUCUACAAAGCCUUCAAGACCGACAGCUCUUUCAACUUUAUGGCUUUCUUCUUCGUCUUCAUGGCCCAGGUGGUGAUCAGUAUUAUCCAGACUGUUGGCAUUCCUGGUUGGGGAGUUUGUGGUUGGCUGGCUACCAUCACCUUCUUCAGCACCAACGUCGGCUCAGCUGUGGUCAUGCUGAUUCCCACCAUCAUGUUUACUGCAGUGGCUGUUCUCUCCUUCAUCGCCCUCACAAAGGUUCAUAACUUCUACCGUGGCAGUGGUGGCAGCCUGGGUAAGGCCCAGGAGGAGUGGGCCACCGGGGCCUGGAAGAACCCCCAUGUCCAGCAGGCAGCUCAGCAGGCAGCUAUGGGAGCCGCGCAGGGAGCCAUGCAACAGAACCAGUACUCAGCAGCUCCCACCUACAACUACGACGACCCGAUGUAGGACAGAGGAGGAGGGGGGGGCCGGGUUGCCAUGUGGGAGAGAUAAAAAGGGAUCAAUUAAGAACACAAUUCAGAAUUAGGUGCCCUUCAUUGUAACACUGAACAAGCUGAAUUCAAACAGAACAAAGUCGUGUUUGUAGUGGAAAUGUACCUCCGUUGAAUUCUGACACGCGUUGGGAGUUAAUCACUUAAGUCAGUUCACAUUUAAAUCAGCCAGUUAUUAAAAGAAGCUGGUGUUUG